AGGCAGGCACAGCCUCAGCGCAGGGAGAGCGGCUGCCGGAGACAGGCAGGGGGAGGAGGCCGGCGCGGCGCGGGGGCGAGCGGCGGGGGCCGGCGGGAGAUCACACUGAGUAUUCACAACUAGAAGAAAAAGCAAGACUCUCCUGACUCUCUGGACUUCAAGGAUAUCAUUAUGUUAUAUUGGAUGAGUUGAAACUAGACAAGACUUCUUUCUUAAACACUUCAAGAAAGUGAGCCUGCCUGAGGGAAGAGGAACACAAGAGAGGAGAGACAAUUGAACAUCACCAUUGGCCGAGACCUGAAAAAAUGGUGCUGGAUGAACACAGGAUUAGAACUUAAUUGUAAAAGGGAAGGGAAGUCUUGACAGGAGAUUUGCUUCAUUUUCACAUUCAUCAUGGCACAAAUCCUCUGGCUGGCUGGUUGAUGGGACUGUCCAACACUUCUCCUUAGCUUCAGUGCAGAUCCCUUCUGCUUACACAUCGGAAGACCUGGGAACAGGUGGGAACUGGAUGGUGCCAGAUACGGGAAUGGAAAGAAAUGGACUCUGACGAGCUAAGAUGGAAGUGACUUGACAGCAACAGGCUCAGCAGUUGUCUCCAGUAAGGACAGGUUGAGACGGGAAUCUCAAGCUUCUCUGGAAGAGCAGUAUGCAGGAAGCUGGUUUUCAGGCCACAAAUGCUUUCACAGAGUGCAAAUUCACCUGCGCCAGUGGUAAAUGCUUGUAUCUUGGUUCACUGAUUUGUAACCAACAGAAUGACUGUGGGGAUAACAGUGAUGAAGAGAACUGCCUGCUUGUAACAGAGCAUCCACCUCCAGGCAUCUUUAGCUCUGAACUGGAGUUUGUUCAAAUCAUCAUUAUAAUCGUGGUUAUAACUGUUAUGGUGGUAGUGAUCAUCUGCUUGUUGAACCAUUACAAACUCUCGACACGCUCCUUUAUCAACCGACAGAGCCAAAGCAGAAGACAGGAGGAGACUCUGCAGACGGAGGGGUGCUUGUGGCCUUCAGAAAGCUCGGUUUCACGCCAGGGUGCUUCAGAGAUCAUGUACGCCCCGAGGUCCAGGGACAGGUUUACCACCCCAUCCUUUAUGCAGCGGGACCGUUUCAGUCGCUUCCAGCCCACCUACCCUUACAUGCAGCAUGAGAUCGACCUUCCUCCGACCAUCUCCCUCUCCGACGGCGAAGAGCCGCCGCCGUACCAGGGCCCGUGCACGCUGCAGCUCCGGGACCCCGAGCAGCAGAUGGAGCUCAACCGGGAAUCCGUCAGGGCGCCGCCCAACCGAACCAUUUUUGAUAGCGACUUGAUAGACAUCUCCAUGUACAAUGGGGGUCCCUGCCCACCCAGCAGCAAUUCGGGCAUAAGUGCAACCAACUAUAGCAGUAAUGGAAGGAUGGAAGGACCACCCCCGACGUACAGCGAGGUCAUGGGCCAUUACCCAGGCUCCUCUUUUUUCCAUCACCAGCACAGCAACAUGCCUCCUUCCUCGCAGAGGGGGAGCAGACUUCAGUUUCAGCAGAACAAUUCAGAGAGCACAAUAGUCCCCAGCAAAGGCCAGGACCGGAAGCCAGGAAACCUGGUCUAGGUGACCUGCCCAGGUGCGUUUGGACUGAAGACGGGAGAGCCAAGCAGGGCGGCGGAGGAAGAGCCCCGAGCUCCGGUGCAGUCUGUUAUGUUUCACGUGGGGUACAACUGAGUAAAACCAAACGUGCAAACCAGUUCUUUGUUUCUGAUUCCUUUCAGGGGAAUUGCAUGCAAAGCAGAUUGAAAGAAAUACAAACUUCCAUUCAGUUUGUCUAUGAGCAGUGUUUCAGGGGAAAGGGGGGGGAUAUAUUAUUUUUUUUAAUAAACUAUUUCAAUUAUUUAAUUCUAAAAGUUAACUUAGCACAGAAAUGAGGCUUGUACAGCCUGUUUUAUACUCACUGAAUGGCAGAAGGAAGAAGGUGGUUUUGCUAGAUUAAUGGGGGAAGAAUUGGCCAGUUUGCUUUUUUUUUUCUCCCAGGAUGUGAAUUUUUUUUUUAAUAUGAAACAAAAUUCCUGUUCUGUGUGCCAAGGUAUAAAGUUGAGAGCUUAGAUGAAUGCAAGGAAUUAAUUUGUGUUGUGAUAAAUGUGUUUUAAAAAGUUGCACUAUCUUACUGUUAAAAAAAAAUAUAUAUGAGGGAA